GGCACAACUGACACCACACAGACCGUCACAACAUGAUGUUGGCGCGCCUUGCCCUGCGGGCCCGUCCUGCUGUGCAGGCCACCCAGCCUGCUGCCACCCUCCUUCGCCACUACUCCCUUGUGGCCGGUGAGCCCACCUUCAACGAGUCGGUCGGCCUCUACUUUGAUGAGGCAGCGGCUCUCACUGAGCAUAGUGAAGGUCUUUUGGAGGAGCUCAAGGAGGUUGAUACCGUCCUCUCCAUGAAGUUUGCCGUGGAGGACACGGACAAUCCCGACAAGCUCUACAACAUCCAGGCCUAUCGUGCCCAGCACUCCCAUCACCGCGUUCCUACGAAGGGUGGUAUCCGCUACUCUGAGUUUGUCAACGAGGAUGAGGUCCGCGCCCUGGCCUCGCUCAUGACGUGGAAGUGUGCCGUUGUCGAUGUGCCCUUUGGCGGCGGCAAGGGUGGCAUCGUCAUCAAUCCCCGUGAGUGGACCGUCGACCAGCUCGAGAAGAUCACUCGUAGCUACACAAUGGAGCUCGUCAAGCGCAACUUUAUCGGUCCCGGCAUUGACGUCCCCGCCCCUGAUAUGGGCACCGGCCCUCGUGAGAUGGCUUGGAUCAUUGAUACCUACCGCAACUUCAAGCCCGAAGAUGUCAGCGGUCAAGGCGCCGUCACCGGCAAGCCAUUGGAAAUGGGUGGCAUCCAAGGCCGCACUGAGGCCACAGGUCUUGGCGUCUAUUUCGGUAUCCGUGAGCUUUGCCGUCAUACACCCAUUAUGGAAUCGCUCAACAUGGCCCCUGGCCUCGAGGACAAGACCAUUGUUGUCCAGGGCUUUGGUAACGUCGGCUACCACACGGCCCUGUACUUCCAGCAACGCGGCAAGAGCAAGGUCUUGGCCAUUGGUGAGCGUGAUGGCUACGUGUACAAUGAGAACGGCAUUGACAUCCCCAAGCUCAAGGAGUACUUUGAUGCCAACGGCUCCAUCUUGGGCUUCCCUGCCGCCGAAACGGUGACCGGUGAUGCUCGCGCUGUGCUCGAGCUUGAGUGCGAUAUCCUCAUCCCCGCGGCCCUUGAACAGCAGAUCCACAAGGACAACGCUCGUAAGAUCAACGCCAGGAUUGUUGGUGAAGCUGCCAACGGCCCCACCACCCCCAGUGCCGACCGUAUCCUGCACCAGCGCGGUAUUGUCGUGGUUCCUGACAUGUUCCUGAACGCCGGCGGUGUCGUCGUGUCCUACUUUGAGUGGCUGAAGAACCUGUCCAACGUGCGCUUUGGUCGCCUCAACCGCCGCUUCGACGAGCAGCGUGGCCGGGCCAUUGUGUCAGCCCUGCAGCGCAUGGGCAUGGAGCUCACCGACGACGAAUGCGACUCGAUUGUGCGUGGUGCUUCGGAGCGCGAUUUGGCGCACUCCGGUCUGGAGGACACCAUGAUCAACAGCUUCCACCAGAUCAUUGAGCAGCAGCAGAAGCUGACAGAGCGCUCUGGCACGAGCACGUCCCUGCGCAUCGCUGCCAUGGUUCUUGCCAUCAACAAGGUUGCCAACGUGGUCCAGAAGAAGGGCCAGAUGUUGGCUGGUUAAUAACCUCCCUCACUCAUGCCCUCGAAACUUGGGCUGUUUCAGCUUUCUCCAUCUCGGACCGGUCGGAGGCUGGUGAUUGCCUGGUUGAAAAACAAAAACAUAACCAAUGACUAACAUCCAAGACGCAUGAUCCCCAUGGGCUUUUCGUGGGUGGUUGUGCAUACACUGAAUUGACUCUUUAAUCACUA